AUGGGUUCACGGAGACGAGGCGUACGGGAAGGAAUUCCUAAUGUUAACUACGAGAGGGAACAGGAGACAUUUAUGACUACCAUGAACGCUGUGGCUGAGGCAGUGCGUGAGGCUGCAGUAGCAGCGGCUAGGGCUGUUGAUCGUCUUGGAGUGAGAAACGGGAAUGAGAAUGAGCAUGGGGAAGAUAGUGGAAAUGAUGAGAAUAACUUAGGGCAUCUCGAAAGACCUAUGACCCUUGCGACCUUUCUGAAAGUUAAACCGCCUAAGUUUAAAGGUACACUUGUUGCGACUGAUGCUGACAAUUGGUUCCGAGCUAUUGAACGAUCACUGCGAGCACAGCAUGUUUCGGAAGGCCAACACGUGGAGUUUGCUACUUAUAUGCUGGAAGGAGAGGCUGAGUAUUGGUGGCAGGGGGACGAAUUUUAUAAGAAGUAUUUUCCGAGGGCAGCUCGUGAUGCUAAGGAGAUGGAACUUAUGCAGCUGAAACAGGGUAAUACAACUAUUGCUGAAUUUGCCCGUAAAUUUGAUGACUUGUGCCGUUUCUCCAAAAUCUGCCAAGGGAAUCCUGCUGACUUUGAAGAAUGGGAGUGCUUGAAGUUCGAAGGGGGCCUUCGUGAGGAUCUGAUGAGUUCAGUAGUUCCAUUGGAGAUACAAAAUUUUUCUGAGCUAGUUAAUAAGUGUAAGUUAGUGGAAGAAUGUGCUAAGAAGACCCCUGGUGUGCCACAACGAAGGAACCCACAAGCUGGUAACGCUCCUGCUCGCCCUACGAGUGGAAACGGAGGUAGACUAAGGCAGGAUAAUGGUAAACGACCCCAGCAGGCACAGGUGAAUACUACAUGUAGGCAGUGUGGGAAGGAUCAUGGUAAUAGCCCCUGUUUGUUUGGAACAUUCAAGUGUUAUAUUUGUAACGAACCAGGGCAUAUGGCUAAGAACUACCCAAAAAGGUUUACCCAGAAUCCAGCGCGAACCCAGCAACAAGGUCGAGUGUUUGCUAUGACUGCUGAUGAUGCUAUGCAAUCAGACGACCUGAUCCAAGGUCAGUGUAUUGUCAAAGAUCGAUUUCUAACUGUACUGUAUGACUCGGGUGCAUUGCAUUCAUUUGUUUCUUUAACUAUUGCUCAUGAGUUGGGACUAGAUUUCUCUGAUUUAAACAUUGAUCUAAUUGUCCAUACACCUGCGUCCCAAAAUGCUUUGACCAGUUUAGUGUGCCUGCAAGUACCAUUCGCUAUUAGGAACAGGACUUUUAUACACGAUCUAAUCUGCUUAUCUCCAUCUGGCUUAGAAGUUUUUUUAGGAUUAGAUUGGUUAUCUAAGUAUCAUGUUUUCUUUGAUUAUUUUAAAAGAACUACUGUUAUUCCAUCUAAUAGUCUAUGUACUAAACCAUUUUUGUCCCACACCUUAUAUCUGAAUUCUGUAAGAGUUACCUUAGGUGGGAGUGAUUGUGAGGGGUACGUUCUGUUAGCGGCUAGCUCGAAUGAUAGUGAAUUGAGCUUAGAACGGACCCAAAUGGUGAAAGAAUUUCCUGAUGUUUUCUUGGACGACAUACCUGAGUUUCUUCCUCAGUAA